GAGACCCAAGAUGACAAAAACCGAUCCACGACAUCCAGCAGACAGAACUGUGAACUCAGAGGCCAGAAAGCAGCUAUUUGACAGUAUAAAGAAAAUCCUGCCUCAAUGCGGUUUCGGAAAAUAUGGUGUUCCAAAGGUUUCUGCUAGCAUAUUAAGUGAAAGUCCAUCAAAAAGUACAAUCAGUACACAUUUCAUUAAUGUACAUCCUCCAAGUUUGAAAGAUAUCAAAGACGCAUGUGAGGAUUUUAAGAAAAAACUGCAUGUUUCUGAUGAAGACAUUAAAGAAAUUGAUUCCAAAACUAUGUCUCAAUCAAAAUCAGCCUUAUGGCACCAGGUCCGAUCAGUUAGAAUCACUGCAUCAAAUUUUCAUUCUGUGGUUAAAAGGAGGUCGACAACAAAUCCAACAUGUUUGUUAAAAAAGCUACUUGGUUAUGGAAGCUCUGUGAAAAAAGCAGCCAUGAAGUUUGGGCUUGAUGCCGAAGGUCAGGCUAUCGAGCGAUAUCUCGCAGAUUUACAAAACAAAACGGGAAAUCGUUGUUUAGCGAAGGAAGUUGGAUUUCGAAUUCACAAGGAACAUCCCUUUUUAGGAGCAUCCGCAGACCGCAUUCUGGAAGAUCCCGUUAGAGGAAUGGUAGUAAUCGAGCUAAAAAAUCCCUUGUCAACAUGGGACAAAACUAUUCAUGAAGCUUGCAAAGUUAAAUAUUAUUUUGAAGUAACAUUUGUGUUUGAUUUAGAUGUGCAACACAAAAAUCAUGGAUCACUUAUAAUGUCUUCUAGUUUUAACAUUUCAUCCAAGAUUUUCAUUUGUUCAUUAGAUAUAUAAAAAACAUUCCUAAAUGAAUGAAUUCAAUCACAACUGGUUUUAAUUAUGGGAGUUUGAAAAAUUGUUAAAAUAGCACAUGUCAAGAAUAUGUCUUCUACUAGAUCAUGGAGAGAUAGUGGUAUAGUUCCCUGAAGAAUCUGGAAAGAUUUUAUUCUCUGU